GCCAUGACGGUGAUGGCUGUGCAGAUGGGGGGCCUGGCCCUGUCGGUGCUGGGCUGGCUGGGCACCAUCCUGACCUGUGCGCUGCCCAUGUGGAAGGUGACGGCCUUCAUUGGCUCCAACAUCAUCGUGGCCCAGGUGUUCUGGGAGGGGCUGUGGAUGAACUGUGUGUACGAGAGCACAGGCCAAAUGCAGUGCAAGGUCUAUGACUCGCUGCUGGACCUCUCCUCGGACCUCCAGGCAGCCCGAGCCCUAGUUGUGGUCUCCAUUGUGGUGUCCUUCCUUGCCCUCCUUAUUGCCAUCUUUGGGGCCGAGUGCACCAGGUGCGUCGAUGACAAGGAGGCCAAGGCCAAGAUCUCCAUCACCGCCGGGGCUGUCUUCAUUCUGGCCGGGAUUGGGCUGCUCAUCCCUGUGUCCUGGUCGGCCAACACCAUCAUCAGCAACUUCUACAACCCCAUGGUGCCAGAGGCUUUAAAGAGGGAGCUGGGGGCUUCCCUCUAUGUGGGCUGGGCCGCAAGUGCCCUCUUGGUGUUUGGGGGGGCCAUACUGUGCUGCUCCUGCCCCCCCAGCCAAGAUGCGCCAUACCCCAUGAAGUAUAAAGUGGUGAAGCACUCCAGCCUGGGGAGCUAUGCCCUUAAGAACUACGUGUGAGGAGCCCUGCCUUGCCCUCCCUGGAGACCCCCCUCUCGCCUCAGCCCAUCCCACGUGCUCGCAGGGGCCCCUUUACAGCCAUCCAAACAGAUGUUGGCUUCAAGCCGAAGUAUGUGAAAUUUGUAGGGGUUCCCCUCCCAGUCUGGGUCCUGCCCCACAUGUAUCCUCCCACCUGCAUCUCACCCCACCCGUCCCACCUCCCCACGCGUUUCCCUGCCUGCAUCCCACCCUACCCAUCCCACCUCCCGAUGUGUAUCCCCCUGCAUCCCACCCCACCUCCCCAUGCGUUUCCCUGCCUGCAGCCUAUCGCACCCCACCAUGUGUA